AUGGCGCAAGGCUCGUCGGGCAGCAGUAGCGGGAAGUGGACGAUUCAAGAGAACAAGGCAUUCGAGAAGGCCUUAGCCGUGUUCGACAAGGACACGCCCGACCGUUGGGCCAAUGUUGCUCGGGCUAUCGGAGGCCGGAGCCCAGACGAGGUCAAGAAGCAUUACGAGAUUCUUGUCGAGGACAUAAGCUACAUAGAAAGCGGCCGGGUGCCCUUCCCCAAGUACCGAACGACACGUGGCGACAUGGAAGUGAGACAGGAGAUCUGA